CUAUUUUUGGCAUAAAGUGUACACUCAGAGUGUUUAUAUUUUAGUUUUGCAAUUUUCUCUUUAACAACCAACUGGUUACCAUUUGGGUGAGUCGUGUCAUGUUGUCUAUGUGGUGGGCCAUCUACGAGCUACUACGUUGCAGGUGGUAGAAGGAUUCUGCAUUAUGACAAAAGUUUGCUUCAGGUGGCCUUAAUGGGAUGAUUUGUGACAUCCCCAUGAGUACUCUUAGUUUAUUUAGAAUACUUUGUUACCAGUGGAAACGUUUGGAGAAUAGCCUGCUGGGAAGUGAUCACCGCAGCCUUGUAAUUUGCUAAACCUAUAAACAGGAACAAUGAAAGGCACUUUCAAAGGGUGCUGGCUGAAACCAAACUGAGAACCAUGUUUGUUGGCAAUUAGGUGACAGUACAUCUGUAUUUUUGCUUAAUUCUGAGUAAAUUGCUUAGAAGGUGUGAAACAAUACUGAAGGCUACACCCAGAUUGGAUGUCCAUGAAAGGCCAAGAGGUGACCUAAUCUAGAUCAGUAUAUAAGGAUUUGCCUGCCAAGCUUUUGUGCAAUGCAUAUCAGCCACGUCUGGCACAGAGAUGCAGCCUACCAGCUACCUUUUGUUUACCGUCUACCACUGUAUGGCAUUACCUUGGCUAAGCCAGUCGGAGAAACUCUAUCAUAGUCGAGACCGGUCAGACAUGGAAACUUCAACUCUUCAACAAGCAGAACUUGUCACAGACCUGACCUCGGCCCAGGAUUUUUUAGCCAAAUAUGGUUGGACUGAGCCAGUAAUAUGGGACUCUUCAAGCACUAGCGAUGAUAAACAUGUGAGGGGUCUCCAAAUGAUUCAGGAGGGGAUGAGCAAUUCUAAAGAAGACUUUGCCGAGCCAACAAAAAGCCCCACAUUUAUUGAAGCCCUCAAAAAGUUUCAGAAGUUAAAUAACUUGACAGCCACUGGGAUAUUAGAUGAUGGCACCAUAAACGCAAUGAACAAGCCACGGUGCGGUGUGCCAGACAACCAAAUUUCAAAGUCAAACCUUGGGGAAGAAACUGUACAAAUGACAUCUACUAAUGAAACAGGAGCUUCCAAUAAUGACACUAAGAGUUCCAACCCUCCAAAAAUUCGUAAGAAGAGAUUCUUAGAUUUACUGAUGUCUUCAGACAAAUACAAGAAAGACCAAGAAGAGCAGCAUGGGGUAGGAGGAAAAAUAUUUAGCAAAAAGCUGCUGAAAUGGAGAAUGCUUGGAGAGGGCUACAGCAGUCAGCUGUCCAUUAAUGAGCAGAGGUACGUCUUCAGGUUAGCAUUUCGGAUGUGGAGCGAAAUUAUGCCACUGGAUUUUGAAGAAGAUAACACUUCCCCAUUAUAUGCAGUGGAUAUUAAACUAGGAUUUGGAACAGGUCGGCAUUUAGGAUGUACUCGGACGUUUGAUGGCUCAGGGCAAGAGUUUGCACAUGCUUGGUUCCUAGGUGACAUUCACUUUGAUGAUGAUGAGCAUUUUACGGCACCUAACAGUGACAAUGGCAUUAGCCUCUUGAAAGUUGCAGUUCAUGAAAUCGGUCACGUUUUGGGUCUCUCUCACAUCUACCGACCCGGUUCAAUUAUGCAGCCCAAUUACAUUCCCCAAGAAUCCGGGUUUGAAUUGGACUGGUCUGACCGAAAAGCAAUACAAAGCCUAUACGGUUCUUGUGAAGGACCUUUUGAUACAGCCUUUGAUUGGGUUCAUAAGGAGAGGAACCAAUAUGGGGAGAUGGUUGUGAGAUACAACUCUUACUUCUUCAGAAAUGGUUGGUACUGGAUGUACGAAAAUCGAAAUAAUAGGACACGGUACGGAGAUCCAAUCCCUAUAUCUACAGGUUGGCCAGGAAUUCCCAUCCAGAACCUUAAUGCUUUUCUUCACGUGUGGACUUGGACUAGAGAUGCCACUUAUUUUUUCAAAGGUAUUCAGUACUGGCGUUAUGACAGAGACAAAGACCAGGCCUACGCACAAGAUUCCCAAGGACAGACUUACCCAAGGCUCAUCUCGGAGGGCUUUCCUGGGAUCCCAAGCCCAAUCGACACAGCUUUUUUUGACAGACGUACUCAACAUGUAUUCUUCUUUAGAGAGGCACAGGUUUAUGCUUUUGACAUCAAUCGAAAUAAAGUUGCUCCAAAUUUUCCCAAGACAAUCAUUGAUGUUUUUCCAGCAAUUGUACCAAACAAUCACCCACGAGGACACAUUGAUGCAGCCUAUUAUUCAUACAUGCAUAGCUCCCUCUUUCUUUUCAAAGGUAAGGAGUUUUGGAAAGUAGUCAAUGACAAAGACCGGAGGAAAAACCCAUCUCUUCCCUACAAUGGAUUGUAUCCUAAGAGACCAAUUUCCCAGCAGUGGUUUGAUAUCUGCAAUGUACACACAUCACUAUUAAAAAUUUAGCAUCUUGGGAAAAUCAAGAAAGAGAAUGGACUUGUAAAAUGACAAAGGAUGUAAAAUCUGCAAUAUGGACUAUAACAUUAGGGUUCAAUUAGGAUCCAUGGAAGCACAAACAUGUGUUCCUGACACUAUAGUGUUAAACCCACCAUCUAACACCCCUGGCCCAAUACAUCUAGUAAAAUCUUACCUUUAUUCCAGUCUGCUGCUGGCUCUGCCGUGAUCUGCCU